AUGUUGGGAUUGAGAUCUUCUUUUAGAAGCUCUUUGCAAACGAUAAAGGGUCAGUCGAGACUUCUGUCUUCUUCGGCCGUGUCCGCGAAGUCCACCUACAGAACCCCCGAUUUUGGUGACUACAUUAAGGAGAAGCAAGAUGCGGACAAGAGCCGUUCUUACGCUUAUUUCAUGGUUGGAUCCUUGGGUCUACUAUCGUCUGCUGGUGCCAAAUCGACCGUGGAGACGUUUAUCACGUCGAUGUCUGCUUCUGCAGACAUUUUGGCUAUGGCCAAGGUCGAGGUAAACCUUGCUGCUAUUCCAGAGGGUAAAAACGUUGUGGUCAAAUGGCAAGGUAAACCUGUUUUCAUCAGACACAGAACCGCUGCUGAAAUUGAUGAGGCCAAUAAGGUCCAAAUGUCUGCUCUUAAGGACCCACAAACCGACGCCGACAGAGUGAAGAAACCAGAGUGGUUGGUCAUGUUGGGUAUCUGCACACAUUUGGGUUGUGUGCCUAUUGGAGAGUCCGGUGAUUUCGGCGGCUGGUUCUGUCCUUGCCACGGUUCGCACUACGACAUCUCGGGUAGAAUCAGAAAGGGUCCAGCUCCUUUGAACUUGGAAAUUCCAGAAUACGAGUUCGACGACCAAAAGCUAGUUGUCGGUUAA